AGUAUGAAAACGCACAUGUUAGCUGAACGAUGUAGAUUGAUCAAGCCUUGCAUGGUUAAUCAGUAGCUAGUUAUGGCAUGACAGUAAAUAAUGUGUGGUUUAGAACCCAAAUAACAGUACAUUUGGGUGAGAUACAUUCUUCAAGACACUACAAAACAUUUAAAUCGAUUUAGAAGGCUUGGGAGUGCUCAUGAGAAGCUGACACGCGCUGCCUUGGAAUUCUGGUCGGGAAACUUGCUAGCCAUAUCCUAGGUCACAUCGCGGUCAGCAUCGCCUCUGUAUUGCUGUUGGAAUUGGCUUGUGCGUAUUCAUUAUCCAGUAUUUUCUCAACAAUUCAUCACCACACUAUGGAAACCAUUAGCUUACACAGAUCAUAUAUUUUUAGGAACAAAACCUAAGGCUGUGUUGUGUGACCAGAUCGCACCAUGUGUUCCAGAGUGUGUAAGAACUGUGGGGGCACAGACAUCGAUAUGGACCAGGCCAGGGGUGAUGCCGUGUGCAUGGGCUGUGGCUCUGUCCUGGAGGACAACGUCAUUGUGUCUGAGGUCCAGUUCAUGGAGACUGGAGGGGGAGGCUCCUCGGCUGUGGGACAGUUCGUAGCUGGAGACGCCUCUGGAAGGAACCCCACUUUUGGAGAAGGGUUCUAUACAGGCAUUGGAAGGGAGUCCCGGGCCCAGACCCUGCAGAACGGGAGACGUCAGAUCAACACGCUGGGCCACCAGCUGCAGCUGAACCAGCACUGCCUGGACACGGCCUUCAACUUCUACAAGAUGGCCGUGUGUAAACACCUGACAAGGGGCCGAAGGGUGGCCCACGUGGUGGCUGCAUGCCUCUACCUGGUCUGCAGGACAGAGGGGACACCUCACAUGCUGCUUGACCUCAGCGACCUCCUGCAGGUAAAUGUUUAUGUCCUGGGUAGAACCUUUCUGAUCCUGGCCAGAGAGCUCUGCAUCAACGCCCCCGCCAUAGACCCCUGCCUGUACAUCCCUCGCUUUGCUCACAUGCUGGAGUUUGGGGAGAAGAACCAUGAGGUGUCCAUGACAGCACUGAGACUGCUGCAGAGGAUGAAGAGGGACUGGAUGCACACUGGACGGAGGCCCUCAGGACUGUGUGGCGCAGCACUGUUGGUCGCUGCUCGCAUGCACGAGUUCCGCCGUACCAUCAAAGAAAUCAUCAGUGUAGUGAAGGUGUGCGAGGCCACACUAAGAAAGAGGUUGAAUGAGUUUGAGGACACGCCCACCAGUCAGCUGACCAUUGAGGAGUUCAUGAAAGUGGAUCUUGACCAGGAAUGUGACCCGCCCUCUUUCAUCGCUGGCCAGAGGAAGAAAAGAAUGAAGCUGCUUGAGGAAGAAUUGGAGAAGAAGAUUGGCGAUGUUCAAGGCGAGAUCCAUGAGUACCAGGAUGAGAUUGAGAUGGAGCUGGAGCAGAGCCGGACCAAGUUGAGAGGGAUGUAUGGCUCCUAUGCAAAAGCCGAUCCCCAGGAAAAAGAGGAGGAUGAUGAUGAUGAUGAAAUAUCUCUUCCUGAUGGGGAGGACGAGGAGCUGAAGGCUGUGGCCCAGCACCUCAACAAGGACCUGUGUGACCAGGUUCUCUCUGGCGAGGAGGAGGAAGGGGAUGGAGAGAGGCAGAAGGAAAGACCUCCACGCAGAGGCCCAUCGCUGGUCUCCCUCCUAGGGCCCAUGCCCACCGCAGCCAGCCUGGGCCUCCCAGAGUCCAUCAGCAAGUGCAUCGGAGAGGAGAAGGAGAACGAUGGGGACACUGAAAAUGGAGAGCUCGACUUGAGCGGUAUUGAUGAUGAUGAGAUUCAGCUGUAUCUCCUGAAUGACAAAGAGGUGAAAAUCAAGACUGAGCUUUGGAUGAAACAGAACGAAGACUACUUGAAAGAGCAGAAAGAAAAGGAAGAGAGGAUAGUGAAAGAGAAGGAGCUGGGGAUUUACAAGGAGAAGCCCAAGAGUUCUGGCUACAAGAAGAAGGCUCUGAUCCAUGCCAGCACGGCCGACGAGGCUAUAGAGAAGAUGCUGGAACAGAAGAAAAUUUCCACUAAGAUCAACUACGACAUCCUGAAGGAGCUGAACAUUAAGCCCAGCACCAGUCCAGCCCGCCAGACAGCAGAGUCCCCGAAAGGAGCCACCCCUGGAGCCCAGAGGCUGACUGGACGAUACCGCAAACCCACCAACGUCCCUCUGAGCCUGGGCACACCACUCAGCACCUUGGGCAAGAGGUUUUCUUGUCUCAGGUUACGGCCCUUCAUAUCAGCACAGCCCCAUAAGAAGCUGGCUCUGGACCAGAUAGCCAACCCCCUGCCAGUGGUCUCUGAGACGGCGCCCCACUCUGUGCUGGUAGAGAGUGGGCCUGUGAUCUAUGAUGAUGUGGGAGAUGAGGAAGAGGAGGAUGAGGAAGAGCCCUGCGUCAGCGCCAUGCAGCUGUUGGGAGGCAACGAGUAUGGGUGUGAUGACGAUGAUGGAUUCUAGCAUUACUGGGUCUGGCCUGUCUCUCUGGACUGUUGUGCUACUGUAUCAACCCUCCAACCCCGGUCCCAGUUUGGAGAUGGUGGGGUCAACACAUGACUUGCAUGCUCUCAGGAUGGUGGAGAGGGGGAGGAUGGAGGUGAUGACAAGGGUCCAUAUCUCCUUUAACUAGGAAAGAGGUUGUGGGUAGUAUUGAGCUGGAUCUAACAAAGAGAGACAUAAUGUCUCUUCUAUCCGACAUUUCACGUCACUGAAGUAAAUGUGCUCUUUGCCUUAGCCUGGUAAUUCCCCCCCCCCAUCAUGGCCAAGUCUGUCUCUGUAUUCACAUGAAAGUGAAGUACACUACCUAAUGGUGAGAUGUGUUGGGAACAAUUGUCUCUCCCAGCUAAUAUGAGAAUGGGUAUUAGUCCAAUCAGUAUUACAGAAAUCACAGCUACUCACAAAUAAAUAAUGAACAUCUCUGUAUGGGAGUUUACUUCUGAAAACAAAGUAUUGCUAUAAUGUUGCCUUGAAUAUGCAAAACCUUAUGGAGUAUGUUUUUCAGUUUAACUGGUAGCAUUUUGAUUUGGUUUUGGGUUUCUUUUUCAACCGCUGUUAUUUCUUUCAUUAUGUGGUAUGAUUUCUCAUUCCAUUUUUUAUGGAGAAAUAUUCUGCUAACUGUUUUGGAAGGGAUCAGCACGGAAGUGUUAAUCAUUUGCACACAAAACGGGCAAAUAUCUUAAUUAUUGCUGAUGAACAAAGCAAUGUUAUACAUUCCUAAUUAAUGACAUAUUUACAUUCUGGGUUUAUUUUGGAAAUUAGCUUUUAUGAUUAUAUAUUUUUAAAUGUUGAUUGAGAGGAUUACUGGUAAUUUGUUCAAUAUGUUGUUGACACACAACUGUAUUUAAGGAGGUGAGGAGAUUGCUAAUGUUCACAGUCCUCUAUCUCCUUUUUGCUGCUACUGUACAUGUGUUGAAAACAUUUAUUGUUUUUGCAUUUGUUGCCCCAGUAAAUCUCCUACCAACAGGAAA